AUGGCGGCGGCGUCGGAGGAGCGGAUGGCUGAGGAAGGAGGCGGCGGCCACGGCGAGGGCGGCUCCUCCUCGGCCGUCGGCUCUGCUCAGCGCCUGCCUCCCCCGCCCCCGCCGCAGCCCCCGCAGCCGGGGUCCCAGGCGCCCCCAGCCCCGGCGCUGGCUCCGGACCAGCUGCCUCAAAACAACACGCUGGUGGCGCUGCCCAUCGUAGCCAUCGAGAACAUCCUCAGCUUUAUGUCCUACGACGAAAUUAGCCAGCUCCGCCUGGUUUGUAAAAGAAUGGAUUUGGUGUGCCAGAGAAUGUUGAAUCAGGGAUUUCUCAAAGUAGAGAGGUACCAUAAUCUAUGUCAGAAACAAGUUAAAGCACAACUCCCAAGGAGAGAGUCGGAAAGGAGAAACCAUUCAUUAGCUCGCCAUGCAGACAUCCUUGCUGCUGUUGAAACAAGGCUAUCACUAUUAAAUAUGACUUUCAUGAAGUAUGUGGAUUCCAAUCUCUGUUGCUUCAUCCCAGGAAAGGUGAUCGAUGAGAUUUAUCGUGUGUUGAGAUAUGUCAAUUCUACCAGAGCCCCUCAGCGAGCUCACGAAGUCCUUCAGGAGUUGAGGGACAUUUCCUCCAUGGCCAUGGAGUACUUUGAUGAGAAGAUCGUUCCGAUUCUGAAGAGGAAGUUGCCGGGAUCAGAUGUGUCUGGGAGACUCAUGGGCUCCCCUCCAGUUCCAGGACCUUCUGCAGCCCUGACAACAAUGCAGCUCUUCUCUAAGCAAAACCCUUCAAGACAAGAGGUUACCAAGCUCCAGCAGCAGGUCAAGACAAAUGGUGCUGGAGUGACUGUUCUCAGGAGGGAGAUUUCUGAGCUUCGCACCAAAGUGCAAGAGCAGCAGAAACAGCUUCAAGACCAGGACCAGAAACUGCUAGAGCAGACCCAGAUCAUAGGGGAACAGAACGCACGGUUGGCAGAGCUGGAACGGAAACUACGAGAAGUGAUGGAAAGUGCAGUAGGAAACUCCUCAGGGUCUGGGCAGAAUGAAGAGUCUCCUCGGAAACGAAAAAAGGCCGCAGAAGCCAUAGACUCUCUGAGGAAAUCGAAGCGUCUCCGGAACAGAAAGUAGACUGGAACGUGGCUCUAGCUCCAGAGGAAGGCCCGGCUCAGUGGCUUCAGCAGUUAUGCAUAUCAGGAUGCCACGAGCAACACGGGGUCCUGUAGGCUUCCAGGCUUUCAGAACACAACUUAAACUUGAACUCUCAUGGUUGGGACAUUCUUUUCCUGCUUCUCCUGGUUGAACUGAUGCACAGAAUCUUUUUACUUUGCAAUAGAUUUGUACUAACCAGACCUGUUCUAUCAUGUUUUGAGGAGUUAACUUUUUUUCUGUGCAGAUAAUGUUUAAAGUAAGUUUAUUUGUCUCUGCAUAUAUGCACAUUAUAUAAGGAUCUUAAAUCAGUCUUGACAGACUAGAAGUUAAGUUGAAUACAGAAAAUGUCCUGUUCACUUGAAAGAAAAGACCUACUUUUUAAAUGGACAGUAUCUUGUUUUAAAAAACAAAUGUUGACUUUUUGUUAUAAGUGACCUUUGUCUGGAAUGUCUGAGAAGUAGUAAAUGCUUUUUGGUAUUGAAGUAAUGGGUAACUAAACGGACUUCCAUAGCAUUGACUGGAGAAGGGCCUCUACAGUAUUGACUAUAUAUUUUUAUAAACUACUGGCAAGGGACUUAUCCAGUUGUUAUAUACACGUUUUCAGUUCUCUUUUGGGGCCAUGUCCUACAUUGCAUGGAUGGAUGCAUGCAUUGCCUAGUCAACUCACUUAAAAAGCUCUUGCACUGGCAUUGAUCUUGAACCUCUCUACUUGUUCACUUUUUAGAGCAGCAUCUUAGUUUAAGUGCUUAACAUCUUCCACCACAACAGCUUGCCUCUGGGGGGAGGUUGUUAGUCCAUUUGUCCUCCAGUUUUACAGAAACAAGAGAAUAUUAAAGCCCAUUGCUUUAUCUCUUCUCUGUAGGGUUCAGGUACACUGGCUAAGGCAGAACCCCAAAUUCCAAGGCUCUAUCAAUAUCAGACCUCUGGUAACCAGUACUCUUCCUUACUCACCACUGGGUGUGCUCAUUGAUCAAAUGUGGUCAUUACCAGUGGUGUGAGUAGGGGACCCAGUGUGUGGGAUGCAGUUUUACCAGUGAAAGAAGGUUCAUUGACAAAAAUUGUGUUAUGAAAAAGCAUUUUGAUCAUUUCAUUUCUGGGGGAUGACCCGAGGGAAGCUUUUUAACAUUAAUUUCAAGCUUUCCUUACCCUACAACUGUAAACAAAAGCUUUAAUUUCGUUUGCACUCCUGUUUUGAGCUUGUAACUGGAAAAGCAUGUCUUGCACUGUUCAACCUUCUAAGUGGUCACUUUACAAACCUCCAAAUUGUGUACAGUGGUUAUUUUCCCCAGUUGUCCAUUUUUGAGACAUUCAGUUAUUACUGUCCUAGUAUUAUUUUAAUGUACUAAAUUAUGUAGUUGUUAUUUGACUGUUAAGUUCUUUUAAACAACUGUUGCCUUGGGCUUCAGUUGGGAGUCUGACACCUGUAUAAACCUAAGGGUUCGGUAAGUACCUUAGUGGAAUAAAAGCACAAGGUUGCCAUCUUUAUCCGUCCAACAUGACAUGGUUAUGCAUCCUUUAGAUUGACCUCACCAAAUGAAACUUUUUCUUCUCCAUUUUUAAUAUUGUCCUUACAUAAGAUUGUCCUUAGAUUUUGAUCAAUUCUAUGUCUAACUUUGAAACUCCAUUUACAAUGUAGUAUGUUUUCAGUGAAAAACCAUAAAAUAACAUCCAAGUGUUUCAUGGUUUGUCGGGAAGGUAAUUUUAAAAUAAACAAUUUCCAAAAACCAUUUGUCAGUCAAGGUCCUCCAUAAAAGUCCCCGUCUGGAACUCAUUUUCUCAGCAGGUCUCAUUUUUGUAAUUGUAGGAUUUAGCCAUAUUGUCAUACCUUUGGAGGAGGCCUCCUGGAAUACUCUUGGCCUUUAAUAGUCUGCUUUCCUGGUAAUAGGAAGAUUUUUUAAGUAACAAAGUACAUGUUUACAGGUUUACAAAGUAUGAUCCUUAUGCAUCAAAGGGAUAUGACCUCAGCUGAUUUCUUUAAUAUUUGUUAAUGACUUAUUUAAAGUUUCCUGGGUUUCUUUUUAAACUAUAUCUGUACACCCUGAAUGUUAUCUAUAGUCUUCCAUAGUAAACAUGAGGAUUUGGCUUUCCUAAUAAGCAUUCACACUAUUAGAAGGUAGAUUUUCUGUUCCAAGUCCACAUUUCUGCAGUACACACUUGUAAGCACCUAGCCAUAGGGUUAAUGAGUGGCACUUGUCAGUGCGUGAAUGUUCCAUAACAGUAGGAGAAUAAAGCACUACGGCUCAGUACUUUGUUUUCAGUCUUAAAUAUUACUUAGACUGUCGAGCGAAAACAUGUUAGGAUAUUGCCUUGACCAAUUGGAUAGCUGUUAUACCUGCUUUUGGAUAGCAUAAUGGUAUUUAAGGCUAAAUCAAAUUAUUUUGAUCAGCUGAAACUGACAUGUUAUAGGAAAAUUGUACAUUAGCCUCCUGAGAGGACCAUCCGGCCCUGGGUUAUACGUCAGUAAUGUAAAUGCUGUUUGUUAGCAUUGUGUCGUCCUAGAGCAACAUUUCCUGAAGUAUUCUUGUCGUCUUCCUUGACUGUUUUUCAGAGGAGACUUCUCUAUUUUAAUGGGUCACUCCCACUUAUAAAUUGAUUAUGGUACAACACUACAGACAGAUAAAAAUGUGAAAAGACAAAUAGAAAUGAAGAGGACUGCUCCCCCCUCACCCCACAGGAUCCUCUGCUUACCUCCCACGUGGACUUGGCUUUGAUAAAUAUGAAUUACUUCAGAACAUGAGGAUCUAGGUCCUGUUGUUUUUCAAGCUCCUCUCUUGAUGUACAGAGCCUGGAAAUAAUGGGGCAAACUCAGAUGUAUUCAGAGUAACCAUACUGUUUGGAAACUCUUGGGGUGCCAUCAGGUCUAAAGCCACUGGUUUUGGAAGCAACGUUUUUUGUAAAACGUGUUUUUUGGAGUACAGAACUUUACAGGGGCUUGCCUUAAUCUCUCUUUAGUAGUUUCAAGAUGUACACGCUAUUAUUCUACUUGUUAAAAUGUUAAAAUAUUCUAUGUAGCCCCAAAGCGGGUAAAACAGAGUACAAGUAAUGCCUAAAUAAAUAAGCUAAAAGGUGUCACUACAGCUGGAUUUUUGAGAGAAAAUGGACAUAUGAACAUAGGCUAUGUGGAAUAAACAAAAAUAAUGGCACCUUAAGAUUGCACUAUUUUAUGGAUUAUUUUAUAUGCCAUUUCAUAGCCUGCACUUUAAUCUCCAAAGAAACGAUGUAUGAUGUCCCAGUUGUUCCUUAUUAAUAAACGUUUUCCUAAGACAGGGCACUUAGUUCUAUUUUACUAUACUGAGUGAGCUUCUUGGAGGCAGAUUCCUUUUCUGAGUUCUCUAUUUCCUCAGCCAUAAUACUUUCUAGGAUCUAGGAACUCCCUAUCUUGUCUAUUUCCAACAAUAUAUAAUUUUAAUUUAAUGUAAUGUAAAAUGUCAUACUUGGUGAUCAGCACAUUCUUACAUCCUGCUCUGGCAAUGAGUACCCAUUUGUUAACACUUAUCAAACCCUCUAAAGACAGCAUAUGCUGUAAGUUAAGAUUUGAAGCCAGGAAUAAAAGGCAUUCUGAAAAGAAAUGUCCUGCAUGAUGCAGUCUCUUGGAAAUGGCUGUUUCUAAUAUAAAAUCCAAUUUGAUACGCUGUCCAAUUCUUUGACUUGGGACCUAUCUGAAUUCCUUUAGUCCACAAAAGGUAUUAACUUAUUAAAGUUAAAACUGCUUAAAAAUAACAAUCUUCUGUGGCCUGCCACCUGAGUUGAGUUAUUUUCAAGAAAUAAUAAAGUAAUCUACAAAAUGAAACUAGCAAUUGGUUGACUGCCACCUACCAUGACUUUAUUUUUAAUAGCAAACAUUUAUAUUCGUGAUGAAUAUGAUAGGCGUCAGUAAUGUUGGCCUUUUCCAGCUUCCUGAGAAUCUUUGUUAAAUUUCUGAAAUGCAGAAGCUAAAUCCAGAUUCUUCCUGUGUCUUUGAAGAGAACCAUGGGAUUGCGAAGCAUAUUGGUAAUCGGUUAGGUCCAUUACCAAAGUCUACUGGUUCAUCUCAAAGCCAUAGCAGAAGUUCAGAAGUGUGUAAAAUUCCUUGAUGUGGUACCAUGUCUGUUUACUUAUGCUCAUGAGCAUCAAUAAAUUAUUAGUUUACCUUCUGGAAUUUUAAUUGUUAUAACCUAAUUCAAUCAUUGGAAAGUGAAAACCCCUCCCGGUCACACAACAGGGUACGUAAAUAAAUGUGUUGUUACCAGUG